UUUCAGGUCAAAUACUAAAGGGAGAUAACCAACAGUAUCAACGGUAAAGUUUCCCGAGAGGUAGUCCUCGGCAAGGGAAGAAACUGUUCCUACAUAUACAACCAAUCAUGAAACUCCUGUUGACAUCUUUACAAAGAGCUUCCCGGGAACUCCCUGCUGUCACACAGUUAGCCUGCUGCAGAUAUAUAGCAGCAAGACGUUUUCAUGGAUUGGUUAGAGCAGACCCAGAAUAUGCUUCAAGAACACUGUCCACACAUCACACAAAUGUGUUUCAACACUGUCAAAGAUUGAAGAGUUUUCAACACAAUAAUGCUGUUUUCUGCAACAGAAGUGUAUUCCUUUUGUCUACAUUCUGUGUUCCAGCAUGGAGCCGUGUGCACACACAAUCACAUGAAAUUGGCAUCCAGAAACGAUUCAUUUCAGAAGACAGAGAAACCCGCGCUCUCACCGUGUGGACAAAUUUAAAAGAACUAAGAUCAUCCCCAGUCCCGGCCUUAGUUCUUGGAUUUUCUGGUUUAAUUCCCUUUGUGUCAGCACCAGUGUAUAUGACCAUGUCACAACUGUACAUGCCACAGAUUGCUUUUGCUCAGCUGGCCUAUGGCGCUGUCAUUCUGUCUUUUCUCGGAGGGGUGCGAUGGGGGUUUGUGGUACCUGAAGAGAGCUAUCAUAAACCUGACUGGUUCAAUUUGGGCUACAGCGUCACCCCCUCUCUGGUGGCGUGGGCGGGACUUCUCCUCCCAGACCCUGUGUCUGUGUUCACUGUGAUGGCUGGUAUUGCAGGGUCUGCAUAUUUCGACACUGUAGUGCCUGGGUACCCACCAUGGUUCAAGGGACUACGGUUUGUACUCAGUUUGUGUGCAGUACUGUCGUUGUGGACAACCUUUAUCUGUCGAUUUUUCCUUCAAGGUGUUAAGAACAAGGAAGAAUAAAAAAAAAGGACAGGAAUCCUAUGAGUAUGUAGCCAUUCAAUUUAAUGUAUUGUUACUGUGGUAUAUUUCAGAUAUUUAAAAAUGUUGCUUUGAAA